AUGAACCGUAUUGGUGGUGGUGUCGCCAUUUAUGUCCGAGAGGGUAUCAUUGCUUCAGAAAGAGUAGAUCUUGCUAUUACUGGUCUUGAGGCGCUUUGGUUAGAACUUAUUGUUAACAAACGUAAAAUUAUCUUGGGAGGUAUCUAUCGACCACCUGACUCAAACAAUAACCAUUGGCUUCUCUUAGAACAAAGCAUAGAUCAAGCCUUCAACCAAUCGUGUGAUAACAUACUUGUUACAGGAGACUUUAACAUCAAUGUUCUUAACACCACUUCAAAUAAAAUAACAAACCUAAUGGCAUCGUACAAUGCAGAACAACUCAUAACACUCCCUACCCACUUCACUGAACACUCUAAUUCUCUAAUUGACCUUAUGUUUGUGAAGAACACAAACCAAGUCAUUUCUAGCUUUGUUGCUGACCCUUUCAUUCCAAACCUCACUCGUUUUCACUGUCCAGUCGUCGCGGUUCUAAAAUUAGACAAACCUAAACAUACUUCAUUUAAGCGCAAGAUUUGGCUGUACGACAGAGGUAACUAUGAUGACUACAGAGCAAAACUCCAAGCAACAAACUGGGAGACUCUGAUGGACAGUAAUGAUCUCGAAAAGGUUACUCAAGACAUUACAGAGAGUAUCUUAUCAGCUGCAUCAGAAUCUAUACCAAAUAAAGUAGUAACCAUCCGACCAAAUAACAUCCCAUGGCUAAACACUAAAUUACGUAAACUCAUUAGAAAACGCAAUAAGAUACAUAAAAGGGCAAAAAAGUCUAAUACAGUUGAAUCAUGGGCUACAUUUAGGCAAGUACGUAACGAGGUCACUAAUCAGAUACACAAAGCAAAACUAGAUUAUCAAAAUGAAUUAAUUGAAAAAGUUAACUCAUCCAAUAUUUCAGCCAAAUCAUGGUUCAAAACAGCAAAACAACUUACACACAAACAAACAUCCAAAACUAUCCCAACCUUAUACGAAGGCAACAUGGAAGCGUCCACAGACCAGGGAAAAGUAGAACUUCUUAACCAGUACCAAAAUCGUCCCUUACCACAUAGCCAAAUGUUAACCAACUCAUCUUUAUCUAAUAUUACUGUCACUCCCCAGGAUGUAAAAGAUGCUCUUACUCUUAUAGACCCAUCAAAAGCCAGUGGUCCAGACCUUGUCAGUCCAAAACUUCUCCGCGAAGGCACAUCAGCACUAUCCGAACCACUUUCCAAAUUUUUAACAAACUAUUGA